AUGAGGACAAACAUCGCCAAAUCAGCAGUCAGCCUCAGACAAGACUACCUCCAACAGUACUUGAAGCAGUUCCUGCGCCGCGUUCACCCGGAUCUGUUUCAACACCAUCCCAAGGAACAACUCCAGAACGGCGCCUCCCUCCAAGAGCUCUUACCGAUUGUUAGUCACGACAAGAACAAAAGCUCCUCUCUUCCACCAAACCAUACCUCCUCGCCCAUUGAGACUACCAAGAAACUCGCCUUUUAUUACAGAACCAAGGAUGCAGGACAUAAGAACAACAGCAGCUCUGUGGGAUCAACUGGAAGGUCGGAAGGAUUGACGUUAGUGGAGCACACGUUGCCUCUGGCAAUUGACCCGCGGAUACCUACUUCGUCCACGACCGACUCUGGCUCCAGCUCAAAGCAGGAUCUACUCGAACGCGAGGUCAAGUCAUGGGAGAUGGUACAGUCGUUUAUGGAUUUAUGUCGAAAAGUGGGUGUACCUGUCAAGGCGCCCGACCAAAUUGAUAUUUCCAGCCAUCUUGAAGAGUCGAUCGCAAAUGCCAAGACUGUAAAGCGUGCCAACCAGCAAAGGCGCGCAGCUCCCCAAAAGCCAGUGUCAGAGGUCUUUCAAGAGGAACUUCAGAGUUCGUUUUCUGGAUCUUCAGGACAAGUCGGAUCUGCGCCCUUGUCAUCGUCUUCAUUGACAAUCGGAUCAGAUAUCCAUGUCAAGUCAGGAUCUUCACUCGACACUAUCAGCGAUUCGCAUCUGGGCAAAAUUGGCGGGACUGCACCCGCUUUGGAUGCUCAAUUGAUGAUCCAGUCGAACCCUCUGUUGUUCAAGAGUCCGGCGCUGUCGUCGGCAAAGUUGAGCAAGACCAUCCGGACAUGGAUUCAUUGGCAUGACGAGGAUCAAUAUUUGCACCAGGGCAUCAACAACUCUUCCUCUGCGUUUGAGGCAAGUGUACAAAAGCCUUUUCGACUGGGUGACUGGUGGAGAAAAGUGCCGAUUAUGGUUCUGAGUUCUAAGGAAGAACGUACAGAGAUGCUGAAAGCGGCGACGGCGGAUCCUGCUGGCAAGGACGCGAACGGCCAGUCUGGCAAGGGCAUGCUCAUUGUGGAUCAGGACAUGUCCAAACAAGAAAUCGCGGACUAUUUGGACAAGAACUUGUACAGGAUACAACAAGAGUACAAGGAGUUGGUGCAGGAGACGUCGCCUGCAGCAGAAAAGGCGAGUGUCUCGGCGGAGGCAGCGUCGAAAGACUCUCGUUAG